AUGGAUGUUCUCCUACAUGCACAUUUACUUUUAACUUCUGAUGUUAACGAAAUCAGUGGUGAUUACAAUACCGAUGCUGAAAAUAUUGAAUUUACAAAACUACUGUUGUCUGGUAAAUCUUAUCUAGUGGUUAACCGUCUUUUAGAUACUGUUGGUCCAGCUUUGGAUGUUAAUAACACGGAAAACCUUAUUGAUAAAUUAUCAGAAUACGUUUCUGAAAAUAUAAUAAGAAAAUUAGAUGGCAAUAAAGCUUUGAUCUUGGCGAUUGCAUUAUUGCAAACUUUCAUCCAAAAUAAUUAUACAGGUCCACUAGCACCAAUUGAAAUUAAUAAAUUAGUAUUGAAUAAUGCAAUCUUGGAAAAUUCUGAUGUUAAUUUGGCAUUAGUGAAUUCUUUAACUGUGUUGGGUCAAGCGUGUUAUGAAUUGACAGAUUCACCAAUUUUGCUAGUCCUGUCAUUGAUAUUAUUAGAAGCCAUCACUAAUCAACCAUCUUUAUUUAAGACAGACCAAAAUGAAGAAGCUCCAAUUGUAACUAUUAAUAGAGAGAUUACUUCAAGUAUGUUGGCUAUUGCACAUUGGUGGAGAGCCAGAGCUUUGAUGGCACAUUUGUCCUUGCUUCCUGAACCUUCUGGUUUACAACCAAUAGUAGCUUCUUCUAUUUUAUCUUCCAUUGAUUUGGCUCAUAGUGUUGUAAAAGAGUUACCAGAAUUUGUUGAAGAAUCUUUAAAGAAAAAGAUAUAUACGAUAUAUUACUUGGAAAAUGUCAAAUGUUCCUUAGUAAUCCAAACUGAACAUUUAUGUUUGCCUUCAUUGAUUAAAGUAAUGAAGCUUACAGAUUUUAAAUUUGUGCUUACUGGUGCUCGUGCAAAGAGAACAAAGUUCCAAGAAAAGGCUCACUCUGGUUUAAUUAUAUUGGCCCAAUCCUCAUCAUUUUUGGAAAUGACCAACACCGAAGCAGAUAAAUCAAAUCCAUCUAGUUUCGAGUUGAACUCAGAUAUACUUUUAGAAAAGCCUAUUUUUGAAUCUAUUGGUUCAGAACCUUUAGAUGAACAAAUAGUUAAGAAACAAAAAUUAGAUGAUGAAGAGCAAGGUUUAGAGGAAGAUAAAAUACUUCCUGUAGCUAUUCGUCAAGAGAAUAUCCCUGUAGAAUUACAAGCAUUAGAUCCUAACGACCAACCUGCAUUGUCAGAUUAUGACAACAUCCAAUUAUUAUUACGUUUAUAUACCAUAAGACAAACUUCCCCUGCUAAAGAUCCAUUAGUUGAAGAAGAGCUAUCUGCUAUUAUUUCGAGAAUAAUUUAUCAAUCAGGCAACAAGAAUUGGUCCAUCUUUUCUCGUAGUUUAUGGGAAAGAUCUAUUAUCGAAACUACAAAGGCCAAAACCAUCGAAAGAGGUUUGUUACAAAUGCAAUCUUUGGUGGAAGAACUUGGGAUCCAAAUAACUACUCGUUUAAUACCUCAAAAUGCCGAUGAAGAAUCUCAACAACCAACUCUAAGAUUAAAAUUCAUCCAUCAACUACCGUAUAUGCCUCGUUGGGAAUUAGAUUCAACAUUGGCUGAAAAGUUUAUGUCUGUUGGUAUUUUAAAAUCUGCUGUUGAGAUAUACGAAAGGUUACAGAUGAGUUGCGAAGCUGCUUUAUGUUAUGCUGCUGUUGGCGAUGAAAAGAAAGCUGAGGAAAUUUUGUUACAAAGGGUUGAAAAAAAUCCAAAUGAUGCAAGAGCUUACUCUAUCUUGGGUGAUAUUAGGCAAGAUCCUACAUUGUGGGAAAAGAGUUGGGAAAUUGGUAAAUACGUUAAUGCUAAAAACUCUUUGGCUAAAUAUUAUUACAAUCCACCAAGUAGUUCAGGUCUUCAAAGGGACUAUGUCACUGCUUUAAAGCAUCUAAAUGAUUCAUUAAGGCAAUAUACAUUGAAUUUCGAAACCUGGUAUUUCUAUGGUUGUCUAGGUUUAGAAUGUGGAAAAAUGGACCUGGCUGCUGAAGCCUUCUCUCGUUGCGUUUCAUUAGAUGACACUCAUGCAAUGGCUUGGUCAAAUUUAAGUGCGUCAUAUAUUGAACAAGGUAAACUAAAGGAAGCAUUCAGUUGUUUGAAGAGGGCCACAUCUUGUGAUUCCCAGAAGAACUGGAGAAUUUGGGAGAACUUUUUAAUAGUUGCAGUCAAAUUGAAUGAAUGGGAUGACGUACUUUUUGCAUGUAGACACUUGGUUUCAAUGAAUAGAGAUAAAAAUGGUGAAAAAUCCAUUGAUCUUCCAGUAGUCGAGAAACUAGUUGAUCUAUUGAUAUCAACUGAUUACAUCGUUGGAGAAGAACAAAAGUUGACACACUUCCAAAGGUCAUGUGUUGAUUUCAUUUGUAACAUUUUACCAACAGUGAUAACAACUAGUGCUAGAUGUUGGAGACUUGUCGCUAGAGUUGAGCUAUGGCGUAAAAGACCAUGGGCUGCAUUAGAUUGUCAUGAAAAGGCUUAUAGAGCUGCGUCUCACAAUUCUGAUAUUGAAAUCGAUGAAAAUGUCUGGAAUGACACUGUUGUCGCUUGUGAAGAUUUGGUCGCAGCUUAUGAGUCCCUUGGAGAGAUGGAGGGUAGACAUGGAUCAGGAAGUUUAGUUUGCAAAGAUUGGAAAUAUAAGGCAAGAGCCGCAAUCAAAGCAUUGAUGAGUAAAGGGAAGAACAGAUGGGAUGAUUCUGAUGGUUGGGAAAAAUUGUUAGAGUUGAGAAAUUCGAUUUGA